AGAAAUAAAAUCCUUACCCGUUACCAUUUAUUUUUAAUAGGUGGCUUCACAAUUAACACCGUAAUUUGUGAAAUUAUUUAAUACAAUACAACAAUGUCUGUUUAUUUAACUAAAUCAAUGUUAUCGAAGUUAAAUAAGGUGAAAUAUUCAAUUUGUGACUAUAACGAAGAUGAUUGCGGUAGUGGUGAUCCUUGGCAAAAGCUUUCUGUUGAUGGUAAAGUUACAGUACAACUAGCAAAAGAUACAAUAUGUAGGGUUUGUGCAAAGAGAGGAUCAAUUCCACUAAGCAAUAAACUGAAUGGUUAUGAUAUAAUGGGAGCUCUCUGCAGUAUUACUAACAUUUCAAUCAGUCCUGAUGAUUCUUUGCCAAAGUAUAUUUGUAAUGAAUGCCUUGAAACUUUAAAAGUUGCUAUGACAUUCAAGAAUACAUGUGAGACAACUGAUAAAAGAUUUAGAAAGAUUCUAAAUCCUUUAGGAGAUCCACUAUUUCAUUCAUAUCCAUAUUCAAAACAUGAUUUUCAACUAAUUUUACAUCAAAUGAAACUGAAAAGAGUAAAAAUGGAACAGAAGAGGGAGAGGGAGAGAAAAAGAAAAGAAAGAGUGCAACAGAAGAAAAAUCAUUCUAAAGUAAAGGAGAUCAAGUGUUCUCCGUGUGAUAUGGUGUUUGAAACUAAAGAGCACCUAGCUGCGCAUCGUCGUGAGGCUCAAUGCAUGCGGCGUGCGUGUGACGUGUGUGGGCAGCUGGUGCUCAGCAUCGGCCAACACAUGCGGCACAUACACAAGAGAUCAGUGCCACACAAGUGCCCAACCUGUGGGAAAGAGUUCCCUAUAAUAGCACGCCUUAAAAGUCAUAUGCUAGUGCAUACAAACACGUUUAAUUUCUUCUGCGACUUGUGCCCGUACAAAUGCAAGCACAAGUACUACCUGGUGAUGCACAUGCGCACUCACACAGGGGAGAAGCCGUACAAGUGUGCUCACUGUCCGGCUACAUUCGUAAACCCCUCCAACUUGAACAAACACAAGCUGACACACCAGGAGAAGCAAUUCAAGUGCAUGUUGUGUGAGAAGGCAUUCCGCACUAACGGAGCGCUGCGUGAACAUCACGACGCCACGCACAUGAACAUCAAGCACACCUGUGCGUAUUGCGGACGAGACUUCAGAUACAAAUCUGACUUGAGAAAGCACGAGAUACGUUACCACAACCGCACGAAGCGAGCUUACGUUGGCGGGGAGCCGACAUACAAGCAAGUGGAGAGGUUACAGAAGAUGCAGGAGGAGAGUGAGAUGGAGAAGUGGCGCUCGCAUCCCGGCGCCGGCACCGUUGUGCUGUCGGAGCCCUAUGUGGACCACAACAAGGAGUAUGUGCAGACUCAGCAAGUCUAUUUCUCUGACGUCAUCAUACAACAACCUACUGAUGGGCAACCGCAGACUGUACAGAUAACAUUGCCGGAAUUAGUGUUGAAAAAGGACGACGUCAAAAUAUACGAAACCGAACAAACGAUUGCAUAUUUUUGAAAUGCAUUAUGUUUAUAAAUCGCUGCCAAUAUUGCCGCUUUAUUAUGCACAUUGUAAUCAAGAAAAUGUUAACUAUACUAGUUUUAAAUAUAUAUACUGUGUCUGCAGCAAAAACAAUAAAGUUUUACUACUUUUAAUUCAAUCAGGUUAACUGAAAUUCAAUAAAUUGUUUAUUGUCAUAGACCCUUCGUACACAAGGAUAUAUAAAUUUUCGAAAUUCGGUGAAUUUUGACGCUAAGCUUGCUACCUUUUUGUUUUGUCAAGGUCGUCGUUUGAAAAGUCGCUGUAAUUUU